AUGGGUGAAGACAUGGGUGUGCAAUGGCUGUAUGAGCUCCUGCAGGAAGUGCAGCUUGAGCAAUUUUUUGUUCGCAUUCGUGAUGAUCUCCAGAUCACCCGCUUGUCCCAUUUUGAGUAUGUGACCCCGGAGGACCUGGAGAAGAUUGGGAUGGGAAAACCAGCUGGAAGGAGACUCUUGGAUGCAGCCCGGAAGAGGAAAAACCAAUCCUGGAAAAAGUCACUUAUCAGCAAGAUUAUGCCAGGAACAUCCAGCAAGACACCAAGCCCUAAGUCCAAUACAUCUUCAUGUGUCAACCCACAAGAAUUCUCUACUUCUUCCCUCACCUGCCUCAUCAAGGACCAAGAUGUGGUGCUGGGGGUAAAACUGGGCGAUGGUUCAUUUGGAGUUGUGCGUCAGGGGGAAUGGAAGACUCCAACUGGUCAAACCUUGCCUGUUGCUGUCAAGGUCCUCAAACAGGAAGCACUUGCCCAACCUGGUGCAUUUGAGGACUUCAUCAGGGAAGUUCAGAGCAUGCAUCAACUUCAGCAUCCUAAUCUUGUCCAGCUGUAUGGUGUGUGCUUGUCCCAGCCCCUAAUGAUGGUCACAGAGUUGGCUCCUCUGGGUAGCCUGCUGGACCGUCUCAGAAAGCAGUGUGGAAACACACCAAUCAGUCAGCUCUGUCUCUAUGCAACACAAAUUGCUGUUGGUAUGGCAUUCCUUGAGAGCCGCCGAUUCAUCCAUCGGGACCUUGCUUGUAGAAAUAUUCUUCUGGCUUCACCUGACAAGAUAAAGAUAGGGGACUUUGGCCUGAUGAGGGCACUGCCAGUCCAAGAAGAUUGCUAUGUCAUGACUGAGUCCAAGAAAGUACCAUUCCCUUGGUGUGCACCUGAGAGUCUCAAAGCAAGACAUUUUUCUCAUGCAUCUGACACAUGGAUGUAUGGUGUGGUUCUUUGGGAGAUGUUUACAUUUGGAGGAGAGCCCUGGAUGGGUCUUAGUGGAGCACAGAUUCUUCAAAAAAUUGAUGCCUUAGGGGAGCGAUUGCCUUUACCAGAUGCAUGCCCAAAUGACCUGUACCAACUCAUGCUCCAGUGUUGGAGUAAGAUGCCCUCAGAAAGACCAACAUUUUUGGCCCUGAAAGACUUUAUCUCUGAGACACAGCCAAAGACCUUCAAAGCUGUUCAUGCCUUCCAUGAAGAUGGGAAAAUGCGAGUGGAACAGGGAGAUGCCAUUAUUAUCAUUGAGGGAAAGCCUGAGCACUAUUGGUGGAAGGGUCAAAACCAAAGAACUUAUGAAGUUGAGAAAUUCCCCCGAUGCAUCUUGGAUUCUCAGAGGCGGAAAACAACAGAUGAUAUCAGCAGGCCAUUACGAAAUUCUUUCAUUCACACUGGACAUGGAGGGAUACAAGGUCCCAGCUGGGGUUCCCCCGCAUUCAUAGAUGAGGUAUAUUUACGAAACCCACUGGAACCCCCAGACCUCAUGGGAAUCCCUGAUGAUGAUACACAACCUCCUCCCAGAUUACCUGAUCGGAGAAAGAAGCCCAAGAAUGAGCUGGUCUCGAUACUCCCUGGUGGUCGAAAUCGCCAGUUUACCUAUUCAAGACUUCAGAAUGAUAGAGAGAGCAAGGUAAUGAAGCUUCGAGACCAGGUCCCGCACCUCCCAGCUGAUCCGGCAGAUUCUAUGAAUGGAGAUCCUGCCAAACACGGGUUGGAGCCUGAGGUGUUGAUUGACCUAGCAGAGUCUUCCCUUGAGGUUCCUGCUGAUCAGGUUUCAGACAAUACCAGCUGGUCCACUGCCUUUGAGGAACCUUUCAGUGGAGAUCCCUUUGAUGGGACCCAAUUUUCUUCACCUCAGAGCCCACCUGCAUCUCCAGCCAAUGGCAAAAAUUCCAACUACCACACAUACUUAAAUCUUCCAUCGGAAAGUGGUGGGAACCGAUAUUAUUCAACAGUGCCGCAAGAGACCCUGUCCCCAACAGGCUAUGCAUAUCCCAUUUCAUCAGUGUCUGGACCAAUCCCCAUCUACCAGUCACCUGCUGCUGCUGCUGCCAAGUCUUUCUCAUCACAGAAUCUCAGCAGUGUGCUGGUCAACACAGAAGAGAUGCGGUCCAGACGUGACCGUGCCCUGGAUUGGCUGAACACCUCCAUCCAGGAACUUGCUGCCAACCAUGGUGUGACACAUGGUUCGCUACGACUGGACUGGACCACCGAUCAUUCUGCUUCAACCAUGUUCAAUCCUUGUGCUGAACGGAAUUCUGUGCUUCAGCCAAGCUCAUUGACCAAUGGCAAUGCUACUCUUCCUCGUGCAAUGGCAGCAUGUGGGAAUGUGGUGAUACCCUGUCUUCCUGCCCCAACAUCCUCAAGAGACAGAAAUCGGAAUCGCUAUGCAUUCCAGAUGGAUUCAGCUUGGGCUGCUGAUGAGGUGAAGAGAAUGGGAUUGAGGCCAAUGUUGGGGAGACGAGCUACAAAUGGGGCCCAAGCUACCAAUGUAGCUCAGGUCUCUCCUCAGCUUCGAUCACCAGAAGUGGAUGUCACUGCCCAUGCUCUUGCCCAGCUGGCAGUGAGAAGGAAUUCCAUGGAGGAUCAUGGCAAGAGAACAGGUACAAUGGCUGAUGCAUUUCUGGUCAGUGAAGUGCUGAAGGAGGUGCCAGGAAUCUCAAAACAAGAAGCCCAGGCAGCCCUGGAGAGGAAGAACAGUGACAUCCUUGGAGCCAUCCGGUCCCUCAAGGUUGAUAAGCUGACACGGCUUGGCAUUGGAACAAAGGAUGACUGUGAACAGGUGCUGGAAAAGCACGGGUGGGAUCUUGACAGAUCCGCUUCUGUACUCUUAGAUCAAAUUUGAAUUAUGCAUCUUUGCGGCUGCUAUGAAAAAUCCCUAUACCUCUUGGUGUUCUCACUUCCUAAGUUCCUUUAGCAUGUUAUACACUUGUCUGUGCAUUUUCUGAUUUUGCACCCUGUUCAGGGGAGGAUCUGGUUUGAGGCAUCCAUUAUGUUUCCUGAGAUGCAUUUUAGUUAUUUGCAUGGAGUUCUCAUAUUUUGUUACCAAGAGUUCUUGUUGAAUUCAAGACUUGUCCAGCACCCAUUUUUCAUACUUACACACACAUGCACCCUUGACUCUUGCAUCAUUUUCCCUACUUAAAUACUGUAAUUCAACUUGCUCAUAUUAGUCAUCUUCCAUUGAUCUCCCUUCUUCCUACCAGGUACCUCUUCUUUCCUUUUUCAAAACAACUUCAUAUCCUUCUUCGUACUUCUUCCCCCUUUGACUCAAUGACUUGUUUGUGUGCUUCAAGCAACUCAUGACUCUGUUCAUAAAGAAGGAUGAUCUGUCUAGAAGAAGCUAUUGACUGGGUUUGGGCUUGUUCUUGUGAUGACUCCAUGGCUUUAAUCCCCGUUUGAUCUUUCUCACUGUGACGUUCCAAUUAGGGUUGCCGGCUGGGAGAUUCCCGACUGGAGUAAUAUUCUAUAUUUUUCCAUGUCAAUUCACUGUCCACCUGGUCCUGUUGAAUGGUGGUUUCAGUUCAUGAAGAAAGUCUUCAUAAGUCUUCAUUAAAGUCUUCAUUCCUAUUUAUCUGUGUGCAAUUUCCCAUGCCUCAGAAGAUAUUCUUUAGGCCU